AUGUCCUCAAAUAAAAAUAAUUCAUUAACUGUUGGAAGUACGAGGUACAGAAGAGAAGUGCUGACUAGGCAUGAAACAACCAAAGACCAUGUGGCUGCUUCUAAGUCAAUUAAUCCAAAUCAAAAAAAAAUUGAUAAAAUUUCACAACCAAUGGGACUGACACCAUCACAACCAAUGGGACUGACACCAUCACAACCAACGGGACUGACACCAUCACAACCAACGGGACUGACACCAUCACAACCAACGGGACUGACACCAUCACAACCAAUGGAUCUGGCACCAUCACAACCAAUGGGACUGACACCAUCACAACCAACAGGUCUGACACCAUCACAACCAACAGGUCUGGCACCAUCACAACCAACGGGACUGGCACCAUCACAACUGCAAGAUCAACAAUGGGCUGACACCAUCACAACCACCAACAGGGCAAAUAUUAUUUAA